CCGUUCGAAGUUGACUAAUGGCGUUGGGAACAUCAGGGAAUCCGGGCCGCUCGUAAAGUCAUGAAGACCCUGCUGAUGAUUGCCUGCCUGAUCGCGGCCGUCGCGACUUUCGAGAGCGAUGAGCUAGUAGUCACCGACCAAGUGUACCUGGACAUCAUGAUAGGCGAUCAUCCAGCCGGAAGAAUCGUGAUCGGCCUGUUCGGUGACAUCGUUCCGAAAACCGUGCAGAACUUCAUCACCUUGGCGACCACUGGAGUGUCCGGGAAGACGUACAAAGACAGCCCGUUCCAUCGGGUGAUCAAGAAGUUUAUGAUCCAAGGUGGGGAUAUCGAGAACGGCGAUGGAACAGGAUCCAUCAGCAUCUACGGGAAAUACUUCGACGACGAGAACUUCCAGGUGAGUCACAGCGGCCCCAUGUUCGUCAGCAUGGCGAACGCUGGCAAGGAUACCAACGGCUGUCAAUUCUUCAUCACGACCAUUCCCACGCAGUGGUUGGACGGACAGCACACUGUCUUUGGAAAGGUGGUGCGCGGCGAGGACGUAGUCUUCAAAAUCGAGCAGGUGAAGACUGACGUCGACGAUUUUCCCCUGAAACCUGUUACAAUAUUCGAUUGUGGCAUUCUGCCGACGACGUCGAAGUUCACAGUGCCCCGUGAUAACAGCUACAACGUAUGGUCGGUGCUCAAAGCGACGGGCAUCCCUCUAAGCAUCAGUUUCUCGGUCCUCGCCGUGUUCCACUGGAUGAUGAAGAAAUUAGACGUGUAAUCGCAGCAAUCGUUCGCUCGAGCCCUCAAGUAUCACCGAGCGAAUUGCCUCGACGGUGUUUAAACGGUUGCAGCCGCAGGCGAUUUGGUGUCACGAUACAACAGAGGCGGCAUCGAUUGAUGUCGACGGACUACCAGCGACAUCUAACAUCGAAUCGUGCAAUUAAUUGUCGGAUUAAUCUAAAAGCCUCCUCCGCUCUAACAUCCGUUUAAUCAAUCAGUCGAUUAUUAAUUUAGAUAACAAGGAACUCUUUCAGAGAACAUCAAUCGUCGGUACAAAUUAUAUAACAUUCAACUCGUUAUCGUUGAAUUCACUGUAAUUCCACAGCGUUUGCCUUACAGAUAAAUUAAAUACAUCGUGGAAUCGCA